UUUCAUCUUACCUGCGCUGAACAACCAGGAUCGACCCGAACUGCAAAUUCUUCAACGGAUAUUGCCUCCGCAUCAUUUUGCGACAUCGGAGUCAUGCGACAAGCUCGUCCAUUCCGAUGAAUUAACUCCUCGUAAUAAAAUAACACCAAUAACAUCUAAAGGCAUGGAUUUGUCUUGGUAUUGCACUCCUAAAGAAAUUCUCUCAGAUAGCAGCAAUGAAAUAGAUUUGGUUUCCUCGAACUACCAAGAUGACGGACAGGUGAAGUCGUCGAUGCCGCGUGCUCAUAAGCAAAAAUCGAAUAUUAGUGCCGCCAUGAGUAAACUGAGUUUUAGCAGCUCUGUGAACUUUAGCCCGAAAAACGAUAAUUAUUCGGUAGCUUCGCAUAAAAACAGUAAGGGUUUGGCAUAUAGAGAACCCAGACCAACGUCAGGUUCUAUCUGUAAGAGGCGUGCUAAUAAAUUUGGUGCUCUGUCAGGCAGGCACUUGACUGGUAAAGAUAACGACAAAAGUAGUACGAAACCUAAUGUGGCUAAGAAGCGCAGUCUUCAGGGACUAAUGGGAGAGGAUCAUAUGUUAUGCUCAGAAACGGAAUCUUCAAGUACGCAUAAUUCGACUUUCACGACGAAUGUAGAACCUAUAUCUCUUUCCAAAGCUCUUGCACACGUUAAUAGUGAUGACUGGGAGAUUGCAAUGAAAGGAAUGACAGAAAUCGUGGAACUGUCUCGUCAUUUGGAGUUCGAGGUUCUUGAGCAGGAGAUGUCGGCUGUUAACAGGAAGAUAAUUCAGAUGUUGAGGUCUCCUAGAUCCCAGGCUUGUCGAGUUGCUUGUGAAGUAUCUGGAGAGCUAUUCGUCACCAUGAAAUUAACAAAACGGCCGGAAUUUGAUGAAAUAGUUGACUUAUUACUUUGCAAAACAGCUGAUACAAAUCGUUUCAUAAGGAAGGAUGCCAAUAUUGCAUUGGACCGUAUGGUCACCUACAUACCACCCUUUCAUGCUGUCCGUGCUCUCUGCUCAAAAGGACCUAGUCACAAGAAUCAGCUGGUGCGUUGCGCGACCGUUCGUCUCCUGGUGUGCAUCGCAGUGUUGGCUGGUACCGACAAUAUUCUCACCAGCAAUGAGUAUACACGAAAACGCAUGUUUAGUACGAUGGCCAAAUUUUUAAUGGACAAGCAUUUGGAAACCCGCAAGUACGGCGAACGUUUAUUUAAAAUGUUCAAACGGAACAAGUAUUUCGAAGAGGCGUUUUAUCGAGACGUCGACAUGGAUAUCAUUGAAAAACUCGGCAAGUCCUUGCUACGUCUCAAUAGGAAAUAA